AUGUCAGUAUCCCAAAAACAAAUCUGGUAUCUACCGUGUGUCCAAAACAACGAUGAAGAGAUAUCAUUAACCUUUUUUGAAUUACCACAUCCAUCAAAUAUUGAAAACAAAUCACCAAUUCAAAUCAUUCUGGAUAAUAAAAAUAACAAAUGUUAUGAAAUUAAGAGACAACAGUUUAGUAAAAAUUGUAGGUAUAAUGAAAAUAAAGAUUUAGAAAAAUACCACUAUUCCAAGAAUAAAAAAACUGGCGAGGAUAUUCCAAUAAAAUCUACCAUAUUGUACAAUAUCAACGAUGUUUCCAAAGGAGAAAUUUUUUGUCAAGGUACCUUUAAAUAUUCCAUAAAAUAUGAUAUAACGUUCAGUUUAAUUGGUGCAUUUACUAAAUUAAACAAAUUCACAGAAGCUAAAACUGAAAAACAAUAUAUUGAUUACAAGCACAAUUCUCAGAUUGUGGCCAAGAAGGAACCUAUGUUUCAAGAAUUAGAUGAGAUCCAUGCAAUUCUAACAAACCACCAUAAAAAUUGGUCGAAAAUUCCACGUGAAAUGUUACUACAAAGUUUAAAAAAAAUUAGCGAUGUUGUUGUUGAAGGAGGAGACGAUUAUUUUAAGAUCACAGUUUCUAAAAUAGUAGAAUGGCUAUCGGCCCUUGUAGAUAAAAUUAGUAAUAAUUUUCCGCAAAGUUUAGGAAACGAAUUUUUUUCCUCCAACAAAUCCACGAUGCCUUCUGAUAUUAUAAAGCACGGUAAAAAAGUCCAUAGUUUAAAUUUGUUAAUAUCCCUAAUUCCAUUAUCUAUAUACCAAGUGCUCUUAGAUACAAAAAGUGUAUCAGAAUCAUGGACUUUGUAUAAUGAUUAUUUAAGUGCACAAGAACUGGAAAAAAGGGAAACACGGGCUUUAUUGGAAAAGGUAAUGCAUCCAGACGUUGGUGGUUGUAAUUUUAAUAACACAUAUAAUGAAACCAACAGCAGUAAGAAACUACUUGUUAAAAGGAAAAAUUCUAAACCAUCAGUUGAAAAGGGUAAAGGUGCAAUUGAUAAUUUCUUUAAGAGAAAAUAA